AUGAUUAUUAUAAUUGGAGGGGUCGCUAUUGGUAUCACUAUCGCAGCAGAAUAUAAUUUCAAGGCAAAUAUACUUGACCCGAAUAUGGAUUUUCGUACAUGGGAUAGCGUUUAUUAUAAAAAGCCUUGAACUCGAUUUCUUCCAUAUUUUAUAGGGGUCUUAAUAGGAUUUGUGUAUUUGAGAUAUACAAAACUAUAUGUGAACAAAGAAGAAGAUACACAUAAUGACCCAGCUUGUACAUUAAUAAUAAAAAAUAUCAGAAACACAAAAUUUGGAGCUAUAAUUAGCUUCUGUGUAGGUCUUGCGAUUAUUUUAUUUUUAAUUUUGAUACAAAGGCAGUUAUAUAGAGAUUUGACAAAUAGUAAUGUAUGAACAUCAGGAGAAAAUGCUGUGUUUAUCGGAACUUGUAGACUAGGGUUUGCGAUUGGUUUAGCAAUGAUUCUGCUGCCUUUGCUUUUAGGGAGGUUGAGGUUUAUAUAUAAAAUUCUGACCUUCAGAUUUUGGGGGUAUUUAGCAAAGAUUUCAUAUGCAGUUUACUUGUGCCAUAUGUCAGUUAUUGUUGGGUUUUUUGGAAAUACCGAAGGAUCGACUAUAAUUAGUGAAAUGCUAUUUGUAAAGUAUUUAAUUAUAUUAAGCUUGGCAUCUUGGCCUGCCGCUUUGAUUUUAUGGCUAAUUGUUGAAGAGCCAUCAUCUCUUUUAGAAAGACUAUUGAUGAGCAAAUUAAUCAAAAAAAUUAAAUAA